GGAUGAUUCUUUAGCCUCUUUGAGACGAGAAGUGAACGUUCAAUCACUGUUAGAGUAUUCAAAGGAAGAUAAUUUCUGCAGAGAGAGAUAAAGAGCGAAGAUGGGAUUAGGGUUGCUUGCAUCGAGAGCCCUAAGAUCAUCCAGGACCUUAACUUCUUCAAAACCUAGAAAUGUGAUCAUUCGUCCAAUUGUUUCAACACCCGAGCUCCAGAAUGCUGAAGCAGCUCAAUCACAGCCAGACCCAUCUCCUGAAGUUCUCCCCAAGAGGACUCCCAUUGGGGGAGCAAGAAUUCACUUCACAAACCCCGACGACGCUAUCGAGGUUUUCGUCGAUGGGUACCCUGUUAAAAUUCCCAAAGGCAUGACUGUGUUACAGGCCUGCGAGGUUGCCGGCGUUGAUAUUCCUCGAUUCUGUUACCACAGCCGUCUCUCGAUCGCUGGAAACUGCCGAAUGUGCCUCGUCGAAGUCGAGAAGUCACCCAAGCCCGUCGCCUCAUGUGCCAUGCCUGCUCUUCCAGGUAUGAAGAUAAAAACUGAUACACCUGUUGCAAAGAAAGCUCGUGAAGGGGUCAUGGAAUUUUUGUUGAUGAAUCAUCCUUUAGAUUGUCCCAUUUGUGACCAAGGUGGAGAAUGUGAUCUACAAGAUCAAUCCAUGGCUUUUGGUUCAGAUCGUGGCCGCUUUACUGAGAUGAAGAGGGCUGUGGUUGACAAGAAUUUAGGUCCACUGGUUAAGACCGUCAUGACUAGAUGCAUCCAGUGUACUAGAUGUGUUAGAUUUGCAACCGAAGUUGCGGGUGUUGAGGAUCUAGGUAUGAUGGGACGUGGAAGUGGAGAAGAAAUAGGAACUUAUGUGGAACGACUCAUGACCAGCGAGCUUUCUGGAAACGUGAUUGACAUUUGUCCUGUGGGAGCCCUUACAUCAAAGCCUUUUGCCUUCAAAGCCCGUAACUGGGAGUUGAAAGGUACAGAGAGCAUCGAUGUUACUGAUGCUGUUGGUUCAAACAUCCGAAUUGACAGCAGAGGCCCAGAAGUCAUGCGUAUUGUUCCUCGACUAAACGAGGACAUUAAUGAGGAGUGGAUAUCAGACAAGACCCGUUUUUGUUAUGACGGUCUUAAGAGGCAAAGGCUUAAUGACCCUAUGAUUCGGGGAGCUGAUGGGCGUUUUAAAGCUGUGAGCUGGCGUGACGCCUUUUCUGUAGUGGCUGAGGUUAUUAACAAAGUUAAAGGAGAGGAGAUAGUGGGGAUAGCUGGUCGGCUGUCUGAUGCUGAAUCUAUGAUGGCACUGAAAGAUUUCUUUAACAAAAUGGGAUCCAAUAACAUCUGGUGUGAAGGAAAUAAAAUGAGACCAAAUGCUGAUUUUCGUUCAGGCUAUAUAAUGAAUACCGGCAUCAGUGGCCUUGAAAAAGCUGAUGUCUUUCUCUUGGUGGGAACUGAGCCAAGAGUUGAAGCAGCUAUGGUGAAUGCGAGAAUCAGGAAAACUGUCCGGGCAACACAAGCCAAGGUCGGGUACAUAGGCCCACCAACCGAUAUCAACUACGAUCACAAACACCUCGGAACAAGUCCCGAAACGCUCAAGCAGAUAGCGGACGGUCUCCAUCCCUUCUCCUCCGACCUUUUCAAUGCGAAGAACCCUGUCAUUCUUGUUGGAGCCGGUGUUUUCGAUAGACAGGAUAAGGACGCUAUUUUCUCAACUAUCGAUACCAUAGUGAAGAAAUCCAACUUAGUCAGACCGGAUUGGAACGGAUUCAACGUAUUACUCCUCCACUCUGCCCAAGCCGCUGCCCUUGACCUAGGCCUUGUACCAGAAUCUGACAAAGCUAUUGAAACCGCCAAGUUUGUUUAUCUGAUGGGUGCUGACGAUGAGAACUUGGACGACAUUCCAAAAGACGCGUUUGUUGUUUAUCAGGGGCAUCAUGGAGACCGAGGUGUUUAUCGGGCUGAUGUUAUAUUACCUUCGACUGCUUUUACUGAGAAGGAAGGGACAUAUUCGAAUACAGAAGGUCGGACCCAACAAACAGUGCCUGCGGUUACGACAGUUGGCGAUGCAAGAGAUGACUGGAAAAUAGUUAGGGCUUUGUCUGAGGUGGCAGGAGCUCGGUUGGGUUAUGAUAAUGUUGAUGGUUUGAGAUUGAGGUUGAGGUCUGUUGCUCCUAAUUUGUUGCAGGUUGAAGAAAUAGAACCCGCCUCGUAUUUUGGCGAGUUGAAACCGGAGUCGAAAGGUGAGACGAGUUCUGCCCCUUUUAAGGCUGCAGUUGAGAAUUUUUACAUGACGGACGCUAUUACUAGAGCUUCGAAGAUCAUGGCACAGUGCAGUUCGAUGAUAUUGAACAAGAAAUAGUCGAUUAUUUUGCUAUCUCUUACAUAUUUUGAAUAAAUGAUGAUACUCCCCCGGGUAAUUUGAUGGUUAUUCUUUGCUUUCUACUUUUGUAUUUUUGGAGAGCAUAACUUAUUCAGCUAUUUGUUGAUAUUCCAUGUAUUUGUGCAUUAAAAUUGAAGAUACUAAUCUAUAUCGAAGUUGUGAUAGUUUUUUUUUUGGAAUUAAAAAUGUAAUUUGAUGGCUA